CUUUGCAGAUACAUGACCCAAGCAGAGCAAGAAUCCAUGAACGGAAAUCUGGAGGAAUCCCUCAAACUUUACAGCCAGGCUGAUGAAAUCCAGCCCAGCGAAAGUCUGAAGGGGUGCAUCAAAAACCUGGAGGAGAAGUUGGUGACCCUGGAUUUGGAUCAGGAGUCGGAUGAAUAUGUGGACGUCUGUCGGAGUGGACUCCUGUUGUACAAGGAAAUACACGACAAGUUGUUUGAGCAUCAGAAGGAAGGUGUUGCCUUUUUGUACAGUCUCUUCCGGGAUGGAAGGAAAGGUGGUAUUCUGGCCGAUGACAUGGGCUUGGGAAAGACCAUCCAGAUCAUCGCCUUUCUUUCAGGGAUGUUCGAUGCCAACCUGGUCAGGCACGUGCUACUCAUCAUGCCAGUUACCUUGGUUAACAACUGGGUGCAAGAGUUUGUCAAGUGGGCCCCGGGAAUCCGGGUGAAGGUUUUCCACGGCACUAGCCGGAAGGAGCGGCGCCAAAACUUGGAACGGGUGCAGAACAAAAAGGGGGUCCUUCUCACCUCGUACCAAAUGAUCUUGGCCAACUGUGAACAGCUCUCCACUUCGGACCAGCAGGAGUUCGUCUGGGACUACAUCAUCUUGGACGAAGCGCACAAGAUUAAAUCGCCGUCGGCUAAAACCACCAAAUCGGUGUAUGCCAUCCCCGCCAAAAACCGCAUCCUCCUUACAGGGACUCCAGUGCAGAACAACCUACGAGAGCUGUGGGCUCUCUUUGAUUUUGCUUGCCAGGGGGCACUGCUUGGCACUGCCAAAACCUUCCGGAUGGAGUAUGAAAACCCCAUCACCAAGGCCCGGGAGAAGGACGCAACUCCCGGAGAAAAAGCCCUAGGCCUUAAGAUCUCUGAGAACCUGAUGACCAUCAUUCAGCCGUAUUUCUUGCGGCGAAGUAAAGGCACGAUACAGACGCAGAGCUCAGAACGAGAAAGCUGUUCACCCGGAGAGGAGAACAGCACUGCUGUCCUAGAGAUGCCGUCUCUCCCGCGGAAAAACGACUUCAUUGUGUGGGUUUACCUAGCGCCCAUGCAAGAAGAAAUCUAUAGGAAUUUCCUCGACUUGGAUCAUAUCAAGGAGUUGCUCAUGACGACUCGUUCCCCGUUGGCUGAGUUGACUGUCUUGAAGAAACUGUGCGAUCACCCCAGGCUUCUGUCGGCGCAAGCUUGCAUCCAGCUCGGCUUGGAGGUCUCGGGCUACUCUGAGCAAGAGGAAGGGGAAGCUGGGGCCGUUUCUGACAUGACCCGGGAAAUCAAACACGUGCCCAGUCAGGUUCUGAUCGAGGAGUCCGGCAAGUUGAGGUUCCUCUUGGCGCUGCUGGAGAAUCUGCGGGAAGAAGGGCACCAAACUCUCGUGUUCUCCCAGUCGAGGAAAAUGCUCGAUAUCAUAGAAUGCAUCUUGACUCAUCGGCGUUUUAAGGUGAUGCGUAUCGACGGGACGGUGACUUGCUUAGCGGAGCGGGAGAAGAGGAUUGGCACGUUUCAGAACGACAAAGGCUAUUCGGUCUUCCUCCUGACCACGCAGGUUGGCGGUGUUGGACUCACCUUAACUGCCGCUUCCCGUGUGGUGAUAUUUGAUCCCAGCUGGAACCCUGCCACGGAUGCCCAAGCUGUCGACCGGGCUUACAGGAUCGGGCAGAAGGAGAACGUUGUGAUCUACAGGCUCAUCACCUGUGGGACGGUGGAGGAGAGGAUCUACCGGCGCCAAGUCUUCAAGGACUCACUCAUACGGCAGGGCACGGGCGAUAAGAAGAAUCCCUACAGGUAUUUCACCAAGCAGGAGCUGAGGGAACUGUUCACACUGGAAGAUACCAGGAGCUCGGUGACGCAACUGCAGCUCCAAUCUUUGCACGCCAACCAAAGGAACUCGGACCUGCAGCUGGACGAGCACAUUGCGUAUCUCCACUCUUUGCACAUGUUCGGCAUAUCGGAUCACGACCUGAUGUACUCGCGUGAAACGGCUCACGAGGAGCAACCGGAAGACGAGGAGGCCCAUCAGUACAUCGAGCACAGGGUCCAGAAAGCCCAAGAACUGGUGCAACUGGAGUCUCAGCUCGUAGACGCAAGACAGCAGAAACGCCCAUCAAGAUGUCUUCCAUGUAAUUGAAGGCCUUUCCUAG